CUAAUCAUCUCCAGAACCCAACCAUCCUCAUUCCAAUAUUCCCUUCCCACAAAGGAACCUAUGUCCUAAUACUUGUCAAUUGGACUGAGGACUUUGUUAGCAAGCAAGUUUAACACUGACAAAUUCUAAACUGAUACGCGUAAGCUAAUAAGAUUACUAGUCAUAGCUAGCCUUAUCCAAGUCAUAGAUACAAUGGUCUCUUCUACUUAUUUGUAACUGACCUUGUCUUUGCCAAAAUAUGGUAAGUCUUUACAACAUCCUCUAGAUAGUCAUUGGGCAUUUUGGGGGAACGAGUGUACCAACCAAUUUUGUCACUAUAUUCAUUUAGUCAGUUUUUUGAUUUGGUCAAACUGAGGAGAAAGCCUACUAGCAUGGUGUGUACGUAGCAUGUGUGAUUAGUCCUCAAUAACCAAACAAAUAUUUUCAACCACUUGUUAUUCUGUGAAAAGUAUGACUUUUCUUUCUGCAGUUAUGGAGUUUGGUCUUAUUAAUUAUUGGAAAGUUUAUGAAGUUCCAUGAUAGAAGAACACAGUUAAGAGAGCUUUAGACACAUCUUUGAAGGGUGGACCAUCUUGCCUAACACACAAAGACACAAAGACACAAACUACAUGCUACCAGAUUUUUUUUUCAAAUGCAUAAUCCAAGAUGCAAAUUCCUUGUUCUUUUCAUUCAACUUGUCUCCAUCAUUAGCUUUUGCAACUACUCAAGGCAAAUAAGAGGUGAAGAUAAUAACACUAGUGCUGUAAAGGUGGAUGUGGGCAUAAUUCUUGAUCUGGAAACAGAUGUGGGAAGAGUAAUGCACAUAUCUAUCUUACUAGCUCUUGAAGAUUACCAUGCCAACGCUAGUCGCGGUGCCAUUAGGAUAGUUCCUCAUUUAAGGGAUUCUAAGAAAGAUGAUGUUGAAGCAGCAUCCGCAGCCAUAUACUUGCUAAAGCAUGUCGAAGCACAAGCUAUCUUUGGGCCACAAAUGUCUACACAAACUGAUUUUGUGAUCGACUUAGGGAACAGAGUAAAAGUCCCUAUCAUAUCUCCAGCAACAAGUCCUUCACUUUCAGUCAAGGAAAAUCCCUACUUCAUCAGAGGAGCACUUCCUUCUUCAAGCCAGACUAAAGCCAUUGCAGAAAUCGUUAAAAACUAUUAUUGGAGGGAGGUUGUAGUAAUCUAUGAGGAUAGCCCCUUUGGAACCGGGAUACUUCCUUAUUUGACUGAUGCCUUGCUGGGAAUCAGCACUCUAGUCUCCUAUAGAAGUGCUAUUUCUCCCUCAGCCAAUGAUGAUCAAAUCUUCAGGGAGCUAUACAAGUUGAAUACAAUGCAGACAAGGGUGUUCAUAGUGCACUUGCAACCAGCUCUUGCCUCGCGCCUUUUCCUCAAGGCCAAAGAAUCUGGGAUGAUGAGCCAUGGAUAUGCAUGGAUUAUCACAGAUGUGCUGACGAGUCUUCUGGACUCGAUAGAUCCUUUAGUAAUUGAGUCAUCUAUGCAAGGUGUUCUGGGAGUAAAACCUUAUGUUCCGAGAUCAAAUGAGCUUCGUAGUUUCACCAAGAGAUGGAGAAAGAGAUUCCGUCAAGAGUAUCCAGACACGGACCAAGUAGAACUCAAUGUUUUCGGGCUAUGGGCAUAUGAUAGCAUCACCGCAUUAACAGAAGCAGUAGAGGAAGUGGGCACUACUGCUAUCCCAAAAUCAAAGGAACCAGACACUAGAGAAAACUUAACAGAUUUAGAUGCACUUGAAACCUCAGAAGUGGGAUCUCUGCUCCUUGAGUCUAUGAAGAACACAGAGCUAAAAACAGGACUAAGUGGUGAAUUCCAUAUCAUUGAUGGAGAACUGCAGCCAUACCCAUAUGAAAUUGUGAAUAUAAUUGGAAAAGGAGAGAGAAGGGUUGGAUUCUGGACAGAGAAGGAUGGCAUUUCGCAUAAACUGAAGAUGAAUGGUAAACCAGCUAAAGCUAAUAAUAAGCAACUAGGGGUCAUCAUUUGGCCAGGUGAAUCUACUAUUGUUCCGAGAGGCUGGGAAAUCCCCACAAGUGGGAAGAGAUUAAGGGUUGGAGUUCCUGUCAAAGGAGGGAUGGAGCAAUUCAUUAAAGUGGAAAGAGAUCCAAAAACACAAGCAGUAACUGCAACUGGUUUUGGUCCAGAUGUCUUUGAAGAAGUCAUCCGAUCUUUGCCAUACGCCGUCCCUUAUGAUUUUAUUCCUUUUCAAAUUACACAUAGACCCACUUCUCAAGACUACGAUGAUCUUGUUCACAGGAUCACUUCUAAGGAAUAUGAUGCAGUUGUAGGUGAUGUGACCAUUUUAGCUAGCCGAUCUGAGGAUGUGGAUUUCACACUACCUUUUUCUGAGUCAAGUAUUUCUGCAGUUGUGCCCGUAAAGAAUGAUGAUAGGAAGAAUGCCUGGAUUUUCUUGAAACCUCUAAAGAAAGAACUUUGGAUAACAACUGGUGCAUUCUUCGUCUACAUUGGUUUUGUUGUUUGGGUACUCGAACAUCGUGUAAACAAAGAGUUUCGAGGACCCAAACGCAAGCAAGUUGGGAUGAUAUUCUGGUUUUCCUUCUCAACUCUUGUUUUUGCUCAUAGAGAGAGGGUAACAAGUAACUUAUCAAGAUUUGUGCUGAUUGUAUGGGUUUUCGUGGUUCUGGUGCUGACAUCGAGUUAUACAGCCAGCUUAACAUCUAUGUUGACAUUGCAACAGCUUCAACCUACUAUAACAGACCUCAAUGAUCUCAUCAAGACUGGAGAAUAUGUUGGGUACCAAGAAGGUUCCUUUGUCAAAGAUGUCUUGAAGCGCAUGAAUUUUGACAGUUCCAAGUUGAGGAGUUAUCGCACAUUGGAAGAGUAUAGUGAUGCCCUCUCAAGAGGAAGUAUAAAUGGAGGGGUUGGUGCAAUUGUUGAUGAAAUGCCUUAUCUCAGGCUCCUCCUCAACAAGUACUGUAGGAAGUAUAUUAUGGUUGGUCCAAUGUACAAAGCUGCCGGCUUUGGAUUCGCAUUUCCAAAAGGAUCUCCUUUGGUACCUGAUGUCUCAAGAGCAGUCUUGAAGGUGGUGGAGGGAGAGGUUAUGAAUAACAUAAUGCAGAAAUGGUUUGGGAAUGAAACACAUUGUCCAGCGCAAGAUGGAAUGGCUGUAACAUCUGAUAGUCUCACGGUAGAUAGCUUUAAGGGCCUUUUCCUCAUAGCUGGUGUGUCAGCAGGCUCCGCUCUUCUCCUAUUCUUCCUCAUCUUCCUUUAUCAUCAUAGAGAAAUCUUAGCCUCUGAUGAUUCAAUAAGGCAAAAGCUUUUUGCAAUAGCAAAAGCCUUUGAUGAAGAGAAAGAUAACUCUAAUUCUACGUCAGAAAAAACAGAAACCAAUGAAAGCCAAGCGGCUACACUGUUUGCAGAAACUGAAGCUUCCCCUGAAGUAUUGUCCAACCUUCCUUUGCAAAGCCCAGAAAUCAGAAUUUCCGACGGCCUAGGAGCAUCCCCGGAACCUGAAGGGUUCUCUACAACAGAACCUGGAACUCCAGUUCAAGAAACCAUCAUAGGGACAAUUGAAGAGAGAUGAUACAUAUUGCAGCUACCAUUAAUUGUGACACACCUGAACAGGAAACUACAGGAGAUUGUACAGAGAUGAACUAGCUUUAGGAUUAGUUAAAUCAGAUUACAUCAAAUCUUUGUCGCUCUUGGCCGGAGUAUUAGCAUCAAGAGGUGGCUCCAUGAUUCGAUUUGAUGAAUAUAACCCUUACUUUUUCUUAGUUGUUUCUUAUUGCAAUGUUAUUUUUCCUUUGUUUUGUCAUCACAACAUAUGUAGGGGAUAUAUUUAACGAAGUUAUAUAUGUGGCAUUAAA